AUGUAUAAACACGAGGUAGCAGACAAUAUGAGCUGUGCUCCAGCCACGACAAUGUAUAAACACGAGGUAGCAGACAAUAUGAGCUGUGCUCCAGCCACGACAAUGUAUAAACAUGAGGUAGCAGACAAUAUGAGCUGUGCUCCAGCAACGACAAUGUAUAAACACGAGGUAGCAGACAAUAUGAGCUGUGCUCCAGCCACGACAAUGUAUAAACACGAGGUAGCAGACAAUAUGAGCUGUGCUCCAGCCACGACAAUGUAUAAACACGAGGUAGCAGACAAUAUGAGCUGUGCUCCAGCAACGUCAAUGUAUAAACACGAGGUAGCAGACAAUAUGAGCUGUGCCCCAGCAACGACAAUGUAUAAACACGAGGUAGCAGACAAUAUGAGCUGUGCUCCAGCCACGACAAUGUAUAAACACGAGGUAGCAGACAAUAUGAGCUGUGCUCCAGCCACGACAAUGUAUAAACACGAGGUAGCAGACAAUAUGAGCUGUGCUCCAGCCACGACAAUGUAUAAACACGAGGUAGCAGACAAUAUGAGCUGUGCUCCAGCCACGACAAUGUAUAAACACGAGAUAGCAGACAAUAUGAGCUGUGCCCCAGCAACGACAAUGUAUAAACACGAGGUAGCAGACAAUAUGAGCUGUGCCCCAGCAACAACCAUGUAUAAACACGAGGUAGCAGACAAUAUGAGCUGUGCUCCAGCCACGACAAUGUAUAAACACGAGGUAGCAGACAAUAUGAGCUGUGCCCCAGCAACGACAAUGUAUAAACACGAGGUAGCAGACAAUAUGAGCUGUGCCCCAGCAACGACAAUGUAUAAACACGAGGUAGCAGACAAUAUGAGCUGUGCCCCAGCCAUGGCAAUGUAUAAACACGAGGUAGCAGACAAUAUGAGCUGUGACCCAGCCACGACAAUGUAUAAACACGAGGUAGCAGACAAUAUGAGCUGUGCCCCAGCCACGACAAUGUAUAAACACGAGGUAGCAGACAAUAUGAGCUGUGCCCCAGCCACGACAAUGUAUAAACACGAGGUAGCAGACAAUAUGAGCUGUGCCCCAGCCACGACAAUGUAUAAACACGAGGUAGCAGACAAUAUGAGCUGUGCCCCAGCCACGACAAUGUAUAAACACGAGGUAGCAGACAAUAUGAGCUGUGCCCCAGCCACGACAAUGUAUAAACACGAGGUAGCAGACAAUAUGAGCUGUGCCCCAGCCACGACAAUGUAUAAACACGAGGUAGCAGACAAUAUGAGCUGUGCCCCAGCCACGACAAUGUAUAAACACGAGGUAGCAGACAAUAUGAGCUGUGCCCCAGCCACGACAAUGUAUAAACACGAGGUAGCAGACAAUAUGAGCUGUGCCCCAGCCACGACAAUGUAUAAACACGAGGUAGCAGACAAUAUGAGCUGUGCCCCAGCCACGACAAUGUAUAAACACGAGGUAGCAGACAAUAUGAGCUGUGCCCCAGCCACGACAAUGUAUAAACACGAGGUAGCAGACAAUAUGAGCUGUGCCCCAGCCACGACAAUGUAUAAACACGAGGUAGCAGACAAUAUGAGCUGUGCCCCAGCAACGACAAUGUAUAAACACGAGGUAGCAGACAAUAUGAGCUGUGCCCCAGCAACGACAAUGUAUAAACACGAGGUAGCAGACAAUAUGAGCUGUGCCCCAGCAACGACAAUGUAUAAACACGAGGUAGCAGACAAUAUGAGCUGUGCCCCAGCAACGACAAUGUAUAAACACGAGGUAGCAGACAAUAUGAGCUGUGCCCCAGCAACGACAAUGUAUAAACACGAGGUAGCAGACAAUAUGAGCUGUGCCCCAGCAACGACAAUGUAUAAACACGAGGUAGCAGACAAUAUGAGCUGUGCCCCAGCAACGACAAUGUAUAAACACGAGGUAGCAGACAAUAUGAGCUGUGCCCCAGCCACGACAAUGUAUAAACACGAGGUAGCAGACAAUAUGAGCUGUGCCCCAGCAACGACAAUGUAUAAACACGAGGUAGCAGACAAUAUGAGCUGUGCCCCAGCAACGACAAUGUAUAAACACGAGGUAGCAGACAAUAUGAGCUGUGCCCCAGCAACGACAAUGUAUAAACACGAGGUAGCAGUAAAUAUGGCGAGAUUCAUCACAAGACUGGUAUUACAAGCAUGUCUUCCCCUCGUACAUCACUAA